AUUGCCACUGGAGUGUGUGAUCUCGCAGGAUAUUUACCCAACCGUCACAGAACGUCGACUUGUUCAGCAAUGAAUUAUGGAAAUAUUGAGGGGUGCUAGCGGGGCACACUCGUUUUUCGACUUGUGCGUCGUAUCUUAUCAGCAGAUGUGUGGCCAAUCAUAUGAUUGAUUUUGAACUUUUUAGUGGAUCUGGUCUAAAACUGUCGGUCGCAAUCCCUCACGAUCGGAGCCGAUGACCGUUUCUCAUUCCAAUUCCAAAUGUGCACAUCGACAGCAUGGAUGCAAUAGACACCACCGAUGCCCCCUUAACCAGGGUGGAGCAGCCCAAUGGGGCUCUAGCCGUUACCAAUCUUCGAACCGAUUUCCGAUCCAAAGCCGAGCUUGACCGCAUCCGCCGAUACAAGCAGGCACAGAAGGUCUACGGCCGCGGACGCCAAAUCGAUGUCAAGACUGUCAAGGACAAGAAGUUGCGGCGCAACCUCACCAACCUCGAGAACAAAUAUAAGACGGCAGCGCUGAAGGCCAAGGAGGCUGAGAUACUCCUCGAGAACACCUCUGGCUUCCUCGAGCCGGAGACGGAGCUCGAGCGGACUUACAGAGUCCGGCAGGAUGAUAUCCAAAAGGAGGUUGCGGUCGAGGUGGCGCAGAAGAAGUUCGAUUUGAAGCUGGAUCAGUUGGGCCCAUAUGUCUGCGAAUACAGUCGAAACGGACGAGACCUGAUCCUAGCGGGUAGGAAGGGUCACGUUGCGACGAUGGAUUGGCGGGAAGGCAAGCUGGGCUGCGAGUUGCAGCUUGGCGAGACGAUUCGGGAUGCUCGAUUUCUCCACAACAACCAGUUCUUUGCCGUUGCGCAAAAGAAAUACGUAUACAUAUACGAUGCCAAUGGCGUGGAGCUCCAUUGCCUCAAGAAACAUGUCGAAGUCUCACACAUGGAAUUCCUGCCUUAUCACUUCCUCUUGGCGACCUUGAGCAUUAGUGGCCAGCUCAAAUACCAAGAUACCUCGACUGGCCAAAUCGUUGCAGAGAUACCCACAAAGCUUGGAACUCCAGUGUCCUUGGCGCAAAAUCCAUACAAUGCCAUUCUGCACGUUGGUCAGCAGAACGGCACCGUCACACUAUGGUCGCCGAACUCGACAGAUCCCCUAGUCAAGCUGCUCGCUCACAGGGGCCCGGUGCGCUCGCUAGCAGUCGAUCGGGAGGGGCGGUACAUGGUGUCAGCAGGGCAGGACAACCGGAUGGCCAUCUGGGACAUUCGGAAUUUCAAGGAAGCGGUAUCCAGCUACUUCACCAGAUCACCGGCAUCAUCGCUCGCGAUAUCAGACACAGGCCUAACCGCUGUCGGGUGGGGGACUAGGACAACCGUCUGGAAGGGCCUGUUUUCAAAAGAAAAGCCCGUACAGGAAAAGGUCCAAAGCCCCUACAUGACAUGGGGAGGCGACGGCCAAUCGAUUGAGCGGGUACGGUGGUGCCCGUUCGAGGAUGUGCUUGGGAUAGGCCACACGCAGGGGUUUUCCUCCAUCGUCAUCCCCGGCGCCGGCGAGGCCAACUUUGACGCUCUCGAGGUCAACCCGCUGGAGACCAAGAAGCAGCGGCAGGAGGGCGAGGUCAAGGGUCUCCUGAACAAACUACAGCCCGAGAUGAUAGCCCUGGAUCCCAAUUUCAUCGGCAAUCUCGACCUGCGGUCGGAGAAGCAGCGGCGGGCGGAGAAGGACCUGGACGCCCCGGCUGUGGAUAUUGCUGAGGAGAUUAGAAACAAGGCCAGGGGUAAGAACGGUGCGCUGAAGAAGUACCUGCGGAAGCAGAGGAAGAAGAACAUUAUUGAUGAGAAGAGGUUGAAGGUGGAGGAGAUGUACAAGGAAAUGCAAGAGAAGAGGGACGAGAAGCACAAGGAGCGGCAGGCGGAGCUGGGGCCGGCCCUGGCUCGGUUUGCCAGGAAAGAGUAGUGGUAGUGAUACCCAGGUCACCACAUCGAUUCCCCGUCAUUCACGGCUGUAUCAUGAAAGGCUGC